AUGGAAUCCACUACUAAAAGAUCACAUGGUGGAAACUUCACUAUAGAUGAAGUCAAUCUCAUUCUAUCGACAUGGUUUAAUACUAGCUUGGAUGCAAUGUAUAGGAAUGAGCAAAAACAUAAGACAUAUUGGUCAAGAGUAUAUGCGUACUUCCACAAACACAAGACCUUCAAUCAUGAAUGUAAUGUGAACUCUCUAAUGCAUCGGUGGUCAACCAUUCAGCUUGGCACAAAUAAGUUCUGUGGAUGUUUUGCCCAAAUUGAAUCAAGGCAUCAAAGUGGUAUAAAUGAGCAAGACAAGGUUCCAAGCAAAAUGGGUAGAGGAUUGUCAAAAGAAACUAACAAAAAGCUAACAUUGACCACCAUCCCUCCCUAUACUCCAAAUACAGUUAAUCGAGGAGAUGAUUAUGGAUCACAUGAUGCCUUUGUAGACUUGGAGAGACCAAUAGGUAGGAAAGCUGAAAAAGAGCGGAUAAAGAAACGAAAGAGUGGAAAUUGUAUGACUUCGCCUCUUACUGGGAUACUAACUGAGAUAAAGGAAGAUAAUAAAAAGAAUAGUGAGAAGAAAAUAGAAAUCCUGGAGAAAGCAUAA